CUGAUAACCUCACAGCAGGUAAGACGAGUCCGACUGGUAUGUAGUUGAUUUAAGCUCGUACACGGGACUCUAUAACUUUCUGUCAUUCACUUUCUUCGUUCAUGUUUUUUAUGGGCAGAUAGCUUUUUUUUUUUUAAGUUUGUUUGGUUUUAUUUUCAGGACAAUGCCUGGAGAUCAGGCCCCACGGGUCUCAGUCAAGGCUGAGGUGCAAGCCGCCUACAAACGACUGCCCAGUUUCAGGACGCCACGGGACCUGAAGCUGUCCGAGUUCCGCGACAUAGUCGCAAACCCCCUGGGCGAGAGUAAGACUCGUAAAGUUUUUGUACCGAAUCUGAACGUAACGAGGAAAAAAGCAGAGGAGAAGGAUGGAAAACAAGAAGACAAGACGAAUGUAAAUGGAAAGCCGAGCGUUCCAGGACCUGUGCCCGCACGGGGGGCCGAAAGAGGACGAGGCAGAGGAAGACGCAACCCAAACUUUGUACAGAACAGCGGAAUUUUCUCCGAAGGCUUGGCACCAACUAUAAAGUCGUCUGGUUGGAGGUCGAACACGAGCAGCAGCGAAGCCUCUAAUUUCAUGCCAAAACCAAAGAUCAAAUUAAAUGCACAUGUUAAAGUCGAUAAAGAAGAAGAGGAGAAGGUAAUGAAGGAACUCCUGUGUGAUGAUUUCAUCGAUGAUCCAGAAUUUAAGCCCGACUUGGAAUACUGUCCUAUUCAACUUCCUCUUCAAGAAUGUAAACUAACAGUCAAAGAGGAAGAGCCAGUGAUUAAGAAAUUAGAAAAACCAAUUGAGACAUUACCGAACGGUGUAAAAAUCAAACAAGAACCAGGAGUUGAACCUGCGGAAAACGGUUUAGAAAUAGAAGAAAAACCAUUUGACCUAAAUCAGUUGAAACCGCUCACUAUAUCGCAAUUGAUGACUUCAUCUUCUGAAAAGAACUUCGUCUUUUUACAAAUCCCAACAUGCGUACCAGGGCUUAAAUUGGACAACCAGUAUAAAACGACUGGACAGAAAAAUGAUGAGGAGUCGGAAAAGUACGUUUUGAGAACGCUUCCAACCGGCAGGAUAGGCACUUUACAAAUACGAAAAUCAGGGAGGACUAGGCUGCUUUUAGGAGACGUCAAACUCUCCGUCGACCCUGCAACACAAGCUUCUUUUAGACAGGAUCUUAUAAGCGUCAAUCUUAACGAAGAUAUAAAAGAAGGGAACAUGGUGAACCUAGGAAGGGUCGCUACCAGGUUGUUAGUAACUCCAGAAUGGGAAUCACUUCUCUGAAAAUUAAUUAAUUAAAAUUGUAUAUAAUAAAAAAGAUUAUUAUUUUUACAUGUCGCAGUUCCUUGUAAUGUAAAUUAGUUCCAUUGUUGAAAUCUUCCUUUGUAAAAAGUGUGUAAUUAUAAAUACAAAUA